AUGGUCCAACCCCAGACCUCCAAAGCCGAGACCUCAGCCUCGACGGACAGCGGCCCCAUGGAGGACGUGAUCGACACGCUGACCACCCUGCGCCUGACCAACUCGGCCCUGCGGAGGGAGGCCUCCACCUUGCGGGCCGAGAAGGCCAACCUCACUAACUUGCUGGAGAGCGUGAUGGCCGAGCUGACCCUCCUUCGUACCCGGGCGCGCAUCCCGGGUGCCCUGCAGAUCACCCCGCCUGUCUCCGCCAUCGCCUCCAAUGGCACUCGGCCGCUGACCACCCCGCCCACCUCCCUGCCAGAGCCCUUCUCUGGAGAUCCCGGCCAGCUGGCGGGCUUCCUGAUGCAGAUGGACCGCUUCAUGAUCUUUCAGGCCUCUCGCUUCCCCGGUGAGGCCGAACGGGUGGCCUUCUUGGUGUCGCGCCUGACCGGGGAGGCCGAGAAAUGGGCCAUCCCCCACAUGCAGCCCGACAGCCCCUUGCGGAACAACUAUCAGGGCUUCCUGGCGGAGUUGCGGAGAACCUACAAGUCCCCGCUCCGGCAUGCCCGUCGUGCCCAAAUCCGGAAAACUUCAGCUUCCAACCGGGCAGUGCGGGAGCGCCAGAUGCUCUGCCGCCAACUGGCCUCCUCGACGGGCACAGGGCCCUGCCCGGUGCAUCCCGCCUCUAAUGGGACUAACCCUGCGCCGGCACUGCCCACCCGUGCUCGGAACCUUUAA